CGGCGAUCUAAGCGGUACUUGCUAUCCCAAUCCAUGUCUUGCUCGUUCCAUGUGCACGUCGCUUGGCCGAUUGCGCAGACCUAUGCUAAGAGCCGCGAUGGUCUAAAAGAUACCUUCGUUUCUCCGUACAUGUCUACGGCACAUCUUUAUAGGGUCGACGUCAUUGUUCCACUUCUAUUUCUGCGAAUUGUGUCGUUACUCAAUGCUGCUUUCCUCCAGCUCAUAGGCUCUGCAGCGCCAUGUGCAGUUAUUGGCGUGCUCCACCUACUUCUGCGUCUCGCUGUAGUAUCUCUUACUUUUCUCUUGGAAAAGAUCGGUGUCAAUGUAUUCAUUCAAGGCUGACAGCGUCUGAGAGAUACAGUGGUGUGCAAGAGUGGCAUCUGGCUGAUUGACUGAGUCAAGCAUAAAA